AUGCGCCAAACCCUUCGCCGGUCUUGUACUGCAUGCUCUAAAUCAAAACAAAGCUGUGAUCUAAAGACUCCCCGAUGUGCUCGUUGCACUAGGCGCAAAACCCAAUGCUUCUAUGCCAAUGAGCCUACAAGAUCGCUGGAUAGAUCCAGCAGUUUGACCAAUUACAGACUGGGAUCCCUCGACCCCUUCGAUUCGUAUCCCCAGACAAGACUUCCCAAUGAGCAAGUCCAGCGUCUUAUCCAUAGUUUCCUUCACAAGAUUGCUUUCCAGUAUUAUCCACUCGACUUGAACGCGACCUCAAAUCCAUUUCUCGUAUCCUGGUGGCCUCUUGCUCUGGGAGAUCCAGCACUUUUUCAUGUCUCAUUGCAGACAGCAUGUCUAGAUGAAGAGCUGCUGGCCCAGAAUGGCUUCCGAUCCUCCGAGAUUCUCAUGGCUGACUCAGUGGCCUUGCUACGACGUAAAAUCGAGAACGCAUCAUUAGCUGUUCAAGAUGGAACAAUGAACUCGGUCAUUACACUCGCUACAAUUGAAUUUGGCAAAGGUAACAAUAAAAUUGCCGAAAUGCAUGUUGAAGGGGUGAAACAACUGGUACAUAUGCGAGGUGGAAUCAACUCGGUCCGACAAACCAGCCCCCUCACAGCGAGAAUGAUCAGCUGGGUUUCUAUGCUCAUCACGGGCUUUCCUCAAUUCAGUUCACAGGAUGAUUUCGGAAUUGGCGAUGGAAUACCUCCAAUUCCAGAAUGGCAACUAGAACCCACUGCUACACAUGACUUACCAGACAUCAUUCAUGAUGUUGACUAUGAUGUGAGCAAUGUAUUUGUUCGCCUUCGAAAUGUCUUUCAGCGGACCCAAAAUUUGCAAUUCCCAAAUACCCGACUUCACGACCUCACAUCGUUCGUCAUACACCGACUUCUCUAUCUUCCCUCGGACGCAUCAAACCUUCAGAAGUCCCCUGUUUCGGAAUGUGUUCGGUGCGCGAUCGUACUUUACAUGUUUGUUAUACAGGGGCCAACUUAUUAUUCACACGUUAACAUCAUGAACACUAUGGUCGUCAGCCUCAUGAAGAAUCUUAGUCGCCUAGACGCAACACCUCGUGUAUACAGCUACCUUGACAUUUGGCUCUCGGUGAUAGGAAUGGUGGCAUCCGCUGGCACAAAUCUUUAUCAGUGGUUUUUGGAAAGAUCACGCAUGAUCUCGACUUCUCUACAACUGGUCGAGGCUGAUGACGUCCAGACCCGCAUCAAGAGCAUUUUGUGGCUGGAGACAAUACAUGCUGAGCAAAUUUUCCGACCUCAUUGGGAUGCUAUCAUGGAUACUGCAACACGACCAGUGAUAUCUGAACCUACGUGUAUCUCGUCAGGCAGUCCUAGCUCGAGGCUUUGA